AUGAGCUCAUCGCCAGCUUCACCACCAGCUAGCAGCUCGCGUCGUUUUUCAAGUGGUAGUCGUCGCCAGCGCGUGCUGUGGGAUAGUGACAAUGUAUCACGCGGUAGUAAGACAUCCAUUAGCGUCUUGUUGGAGUGGCUCAUGACUCCAAGAAACUACGAGCGGUGGCGUGAUAGCAAGUCCCAGACAGGUGAGUCGCGUGAAGUGUUGUGCUCGGAGAUUAAAAGCGCCAUGAAGCAGCACGGUAUACACCACCGAGAAAAUGCCAAUAUUCGCACGCAGAUUAAUGAACUGGAACGGUCCUUUGUUGCCGCGCGCAAUUGGCUGAAGGAGAAUAAUUACGAUCCAUAUUCAUUUCAGUGCGUGACAGAUGAAGAUGAAACUGACGUCUUUGGUGGUCCUGCUGAAGCCCAUGUCCUGCGUAUGUGUCGAUAUUACCAUACGCUAAAUGGGGUCUUUGGUCACGAUGAAGACAAAGGAGUUCGAUAUCGACAGACGUUCCAUCAAAAACGGAUAGGGAUUAAUCCUGUGGUGAUUAAGAAACGCAACUUAGUAAUUGAACACGAUAAUGUGCAGGAAUCAGAACCACAAAGUGAACUAUUGGUAAAGCAGCAACGAGGACAGGAGACUGAAGCAGAUAAUACGCCCCAGGCAACUACAGCACCAGUCGCGAUCGCACCUGCGUCAACUACGGUCAGCGGUGUUGUAUCAAGGGCUACUAUUCCUGCUACUGAGUUGACAGAAUCUUGCUCGGACCCGGCGGUAGUGGAAAGCACUCAGCGCAUGCUGGCUGAAGCGGUGCGUGAAGAACGCGAACGCAAGCGGUUCCGCAUGGAAGAAGAACGCAAUAAGCUCCAGUGUGAAAAGCUGCGUUACGAGGUAGAAGCUGCAAAACUGAAACUCACGAUUGACCGCGUCCUUGCACGCAAAAAAUUGUUUGAUGCUGGUUUGCCAGAAGCUCAGGUAAAUGAAUUGCUUCUGAAAUGA